AUGGCCCUCUACUGCGGCGACAACUUCGGAGUGUACUCGCAGCCCGGCCUGCCUCCGCCCGCCGCCGCCCCGGGCGCCCCCUCGGCCGCCAGGGCGCCUUACGGGCUGGCGGACUACGCCGCGCCGCCGGCCGCAGCAGCCAACCCCUACCUGUGGCUCAACGGGCCCGGUGUGGGCGGCCCGCAGUCCGCAGCCGCCGCCGCCGCCGCCGCGUACCUGGGCGCCCCCCCGCCGCCGCCGCCCCCGGGGGCCGCGGCCGGGCCCUUUCUGCAGCCGCCGCCCGCCGCCGGCACCUUCGGCUGCGCGCAGCGGCCCUUCGCACAGCCCGCGCCCGCCGCGCCCGCCUCGCCUGCCGCGCCCGCCGGUCCUGGGGAGCUGGGCUGGCUGUCCGUGGCCAGCCGCGAGGACCUGAUGAAGAUGGUGCGGCCGCCCUAUUCGUACUCGGCGCUCAUCGCCAUGGCCAUUCAGAGUGCUCCGGAGCGCAAGCUCACGCUCAGCCACAUCUACCAGUUCGUCGCCGACAGUUUCCCCUUCUACCAGCGCAGCAAGGCCGGCUGGCAGAACUCCAUCCGCCACAACCUGUCGCUCAACGACUGCUUCAAGAAGGUGCCCCGCGACGAGGACGACCCAGGAAAGGGUAAUUACUGGACCCUGGAUCCGAACUGUGAGAAAAUGUUUGACAACGGGAACUUCCGGCGGAAGCGAAAGCGCCGCUCUGAGCCCAGCAAUGGCUCCACAGUGGCUGCUGGAACAUUAAAGUCCGAAGAAGGGCUCUCCUCAGGACUGGGGUCUGGAGUGGGUGGGAAGCCAGAAAGAGAGAGCCCCUCCAGUCUGCUGAGGGCUUCCCACUCCCCAGAGCCUCCGGAGGACACCAAGAGUACUGCCUCGUCUCCUGGAGGACCCAUGCUCACCUCCACCCCUUGUCUCAACACUUUCUUCAGCAGCCUCAGCUCCUUGAGUGUCGGCAGCAACGUGAGUAACCAGCGGGCUCUCCCUGGCAGCCGCCACCUAGGGAUCCAGGGGGCCCAGCUGCCCUCCAGCGGCAUGUUCCCCGCAACCUCCAUCUCAGAGGCCUCGGCAGACACCUUGCAACUGAGCAGCAGCACCAGCAAUAGCACCAGCCAGAGAUCCUAUUACAGCCCUUUCCCUGCCAGCACCAGCGGGGGCCAAAGCACCCCCUUCAGCAGCCCUUUCCACAACUUUAGCAUGGUCAACAGCCUCAUCUACCCCCGAGAGGGCUCCGAGGUGUAG